CUGCCGACUCGUCCGCCCAGGCCCGGCCCGGCCUUCUGCCUUUUCCUCAGCGCGGGGAGGAGAAAGACGGGAGACGCGGAGGAGGGUUCGCCGCGCCGGCUCUUGAGGCGAGGCGGCGCUCACCGGCGGCGGCAAGCAGGUUUCGUAGGGCUUCCCUGAGCAUGAAUUCAGGAUGAAGCGGCGAGCGGAGGAACAGGAAUCCCCCGUCUACGCGUCCCAGCAGAGGCGCAUCGCCAGCAGCGCCGAGCCCUUCCCGCACCAACAUCGGAUGCUCGCUCCAGCGCCCCCGGUCUAUGAACCAGUUUCGGAGACCAUGCAAUCCGCUACCGGGAUCCAGUACUCGGUCACUCCCAGCUACCAGGUAAAGAGCAUCGACACUCCCGGCGUGAUCAGCCGCGUCUCUCAGCUCUUCAAAGGCCACCCCGAUUUGAUCAUGGGUUUCAACACCUUCCUGCCUCCCGGCUACAAAAUCGAAGUCCAGACCAACGACAUGGUGAAUGUAACCACCCCGGGGCAGGUGCACCAAAUCCCGGCCCACGGUCUCCAGCCGCAGCCACAGCCACAGCCCCAGCACCCGUCUCAACCUUCGGCACAAUCAGCUCCCACCCCAGCGCAGCCGGCCCCGCAGCCCCCACCCGCCAAGAUCAGCAAGCCCUCCCAACUACAGGCCCAUACGCCCACCAGCCAGCAAACUCCUCCGGUCCCCUACACCUCCCCUCGCUCUCCGCCGGUCCAGCCCCACACGCCCGUGACAAUCUCCCUGGGGGCCACCCCGUCCCUCCAGAACAAUCAGCCCGUGGAGUUCAACCAUGCCAUCAAUUACGUCAACAAGAUCAAGAACCGUUUUCAAGGGCAGCCGGACAUUUACAAGGCUUUUUUGGAGAUUCUCCACACCUAUCAGAAAGAGCAGCGAAAUGCCAAGGAGGCCGGUGGGAACUACACCCCAGCGUUGACCGAACAGGAAGUCUAUGCCCAGGUGGCGCGCCUCUUCAAGAACCAGGAGGACCUGCUCUCCGAAUUCGGGCAGUUCUUGCCCGAUGCCAAUAGCUCCGUUCUUCUGAGCAAGACCACUGCGGAGAAAGUGGAGUCGGUGAGAAACGACCACGGAGGGACCAUCAAGAAGCCCCAGCUGAACAGCAAGCAGCAGAGGCCCAAUCAGAACGGCUGUCAAAUCCGGAGGCAUGCCACCUCGGGGGUCACCCCGCCAGUGAAGAAGAAACCAAAGCUGCUCAAUUUGAAGGACCCAUCCUUUGCAGAAGCUGGCAAACAUGGGACAGAGUCAUUGUUCUUUGACAAGGUCCGCAAAGCACUGCGCAGCACGGAGGCCUACGAAAAUUUCCUCCGGUGCCUCGUCAUUUUCAAUCAGGAGGUCAUAUCCCGAGCCGAGCUUGUACAGCUGGUUUCUCCAUUUCUGGGAAAAUUCCCGGAGUUGUUCACUUGGUUUAAAAACUUCCUGGGUUACAAAGAAUCCUCACACCUGGAGAGCUUCCCAAAGGAGCGAGCUACCGAGGGGAUAGCGAUGGAGAUAGACUACGCCACUUGCAAACGGCUGGGCUCCAGUUACCGAGCCUUGCCCAAAAGUUACCAGCAGCCCAAAUGCACAGGUCGGACGCCGUUGUGCAAGGAGGUUUUGAACGAUACCUGGGUCUCCUUCCCUUCCUGGUCCGAAGAUUCUACGUUUGUGAGCUCGAAGAAAACUCAGUACGAAGAACACAUCUACCGAUGUGAGGACGAACGGUUCGAGCUGGAUGUGGUCUUGGAGACCAACCUAGCCACCAUCCGAGUCUUGGAAACGAUACAGAAGAAGCUCUCCCGCUUAUCGGCGGAAGAGCAAGCCAAAUUCCGCCUGGACAACACCUUGGGGGGCUCCUCCGAAGUCAUCCACCGCAAAGCUCUCCAGAGGAUAUAUGCGGACAAAGCUGCCGACAUCAUCGACGGCCUCCGGAAAAACCCAGCCGUUGCCGUGCCCAUUGUCCUGAAAAGGUUGAAAAUGAAAGAAGAGGAAUGGCGGGAAGCCCAGAGGGGAUUCAACAAAGUGUGGCGGGAACAAAACGAGAAGUACUAUUUGAAAUCCCUGGACCAUCAAGGCAUCAACUUCAAGCAGAACGACACCAAGGUCUUGCGAUCCAAGAGCCUGCUCAGCGAGAUUGAGACCAUUUAUGACGAGAGGCAAGAGCAAACCUCGGAGGACAACACCGGCCCUCACCUCUCCCUGGCCUACGAGGACAAGCAGAUUCUGGAGGACGCCGCCUCUUUGAUCAUCCACCACGUGAAGCGUCAGGCGGGCAUCCAGAAGGAGGACAAGUACAAGAUCAAGCAGAUCAUGUACCACUUCAUCCCGGACCUUCUCUUCGCUCAGCGAGGGGAGCUCUCGGACCUGGAGGAGGAAGAAGAGGAAGAGAUGGACGUGGAUGAGAACUCCGGGGCGGUGAAGAAGCACAACGGGGUGGGGGGCAGCUCCCCCAAAGCCAAGCUGCUCUUCAGCAGCACGGUGGCUCAGAAGCUGCGCAGCCUGGACGAGGCCUACAACCUCUUCCACGUCAACAACAACUGGUACAUCUUCCUGCGCCUCCACCAGAUCCUCUGCCUGCGGCUGCUGCGGAUAUACAGCCAGGCCGAGCGGCAGAUCGAGGAGGACAGCCGGGAACGAGAGUGGGAGCGGGAAGUGCUGGGGGUGAAGCGAGAGAAGAGCGACAGUCCAGCCAUCCAGCUGCGCUUGAAAGACCCCAUGGACAUUGAGGUGGAAGACUACUACCCUGCUUUUCUGGACAUGGUGCGGAACCUCCUGGACGGCAACAUGGAUUCCUCCCAAUACGAGGACUCCCUGCGCGACAUGUUCACCAUUCACGCCUACAUCGCCUUCACCAUGGACAAGCUCAUCCAGAGCAUCGUCAGACAGCUCCAGCACAUCGUGAGUGAUGAAAUCUGCGUGCAGGUAACAGAGCUCUACCUGUCCGAGAGCCACAACGGUGCCACGGGAGGGCUGCUGACCUCACAGUCCUCUCGCUCCCUGGUGGAAACAGCCUAUCAGCGCAAAGCCGAGCAGCUGAUGCAGGACGAGAACUGCUUCAAGAUGAUGUUCGUUCAGAGCAGAGGCCACGUUCAGUUAACCAUUGAACUGCUGGAUACCGAAGAGGAGAACUCUGACGACCCUGUUGAGGCAGAGCGUUGGACGGAUUACGUGGAUCGCUACGUCAACUCGGACUCCACGUCUCCUGAACUGCGGGAACAGCUGGCCCAGAAGCCGGUAUUUCUGCCCAGGAACCUGCGGCAGAUCCGGAAAUGUCAGAGAGGUCGGGAACAGCAGGAGAAGGACGGCAAAGAGGGGCUGGGCAAGAAGCCCCUGGAGAACGUGGAGAGCUUGGACAAGCUCGAAUGCAAGUUCAAGCUGAACUCCUACAAGAUGGUUUACGUGAUCAAGUCGGAAGACUACAUGUACCGGAGGACCGCUCUGCUGCGCGCCCAUCAGUCCCACGAGCGAGUCAGCAAGAGGCUGCACCAGCGUUUCCAGGCCUGGGUGGACCGGUGGACGAAGGAGCACGUCACCCGGGAGAUGGCAGCCGAAACGAGCCAGUGGCUCAUGGGCGAAGCCUUGGAGGGCCUGUUGCCCUGCACCACCACUCGCGAGGCCGAGGACUUGCAUUUUGUGAGCAUCAACAAAUACCGCGUGAAAUACAGCACAAUCUGUAAGACGCCCUGAACGCCGGUGCUGCGGGGAGGGAAAGAGGGAAAACUGAAGCGUGUUUGGUGGGAGGGGAGGAGCAUCCCCCGCCCACACACACACACACACAGACCGCGGGAGGGGCAGUGCGGCGCGGGCAAAAUGAGGACGGCUCCCUCUGCCCGCUUCCUCUUCCUCGUGCGGCUCCGCGACCUGCCACUCCCCGCGACUCACUCCGCCCGCAGACGUCCCAGGGGCCCGUUUUCCCCUCAGUCUCGUGGAACCGAAGCCAGCCCGGCCGCCGGGAGCGCCCACAUCGGCCCACGGGGGCCCGGAAGGUCCGCGAGUCGCCCCGAGGGGAGACGCACCUUGGCCUCUACCCACCAGCAGCAGCCCUGAUCCUUUGGGUGCUUUUGAGUAGCUCGACCAGGACUCGGGUGCGUGGCAUAUUAUACACCCCCCUCCCUCCCCCUCCCCCCCUCCCUCCCUCCCCCCCCCCCCCCCCCGAAAGACACGAGUUUUAAGGCCAGAAUCUUUUAAGGAAGACGCCAGAAGUGCGGCGUCCCUCGUCUCGGGACUUGGCGGCAGACUUUUUGAAAACUUUUUGAGCCGCUUCCUGAGUUCUGCAGACCACCUGGAGGUGAGGGGGAGUCAGAACCCCCCCCCCCCUCAGUGGGUUUCAACUUUUCCUUCUCAUCCGUUGCGUUCCUGUGACCAGGGACUCCCGGCGUCCCUAAACCGAUUAAGAUCAGUCUGUUUUAUCUAGUGCCAGUGGAACUACCAUUUUAUUUGAGUUUUAUUAUUAUUAUUAUUAUGACUAUUAUUAUGUUUUGUACCUGCUUGUUUACUAGGCUCUUAGUGCCAUGCACCAGCUGUUCACACAAACACACUCUUUCUCUCUCCCUCUCUCUCUCUCUCUCUCUCUUUCUCUCUCUCUCUCUCUUACACAUACACAAACUCUUCUCAGUCACACAUGCACGCUUUGACAAUAGCCGCCACAAAACGAUUUUAAUCCGGUUCUUCGCCUUCCGCUCCCCACUUCCUGGUUGGUUUAUUUUAUUUUUUUGGUUUGUUGUUUUGUUUGUUUUUUGUAAAUAAAUGUACAUAUUUGUCAAUUUUUUUUUCUUUAAUUAAAAGAAUUAAGUGUGCUUCACGUGCUAGUACAACUCUUACUAGCCUUUUUUUUUUUUUUUUUUUGGAGUUACCAGUUGGUUUCAGGGGUUUUUAAGUACGUUACGAGCGAGGGCGGCGAAAUCAUUUUGUUACACUUUCUACCAAAGGGAGUUGGCGUUGUAAUGCUUUCAUGUGAAGGUUGUUUCUCCUUUUUCUUUUAUUGUAAAAAUAAAUGAGAAGCCCCCCUCCUCCACCUGCCAGAUACACACACACACACACACACACAAAUAAAUAAACAAUAAGGAGAAAGAUCUUAGUUCUUCCUGGAAGAAAGAGGGACGGGGCCUGCCUGGACCUUUUGCUCUGUUCUGAGAGGUUGCUUGUGGUAAGAGAUCUAUUGGAUCUACUCCUCAGGGAGAAUCUACCUGACCUGUCAGGGGAAAAAAGGGAGAAGCAGCUUGAGGACUGGUGGGGGAGUGAAAACCAGGGGUGUGAGAGCACACACGUACUGCAGCUCAACACAUUUCAAGCCGCUGUUUGGUAGACCGAUAUUACCGUCUAUAUACCACCCCCCGUUUUUUAAAAAUCUCUCUCUCUCUCAUUUUGGGUGGGUGGCUUUUUAAUCCCCCAACUGGGUCUUCCAGCCCAGCCCAAUAUCCCCCCUUUGGGGAAAGGGAGGCUGGGCUCCCUCCCUGAGGCUGUCGGGGCUUUUUCUACGUGUUUCUCUGCAGCCAAAUAAAAAACCUGGUUAAGUGACAAACCGGCAUUUAACAGAGCUGCAUUCCUCCUCCGUGCAUCUGGGCCGGAGGCAAGGGUGUCUUUGCAAAACGGCCCUGGCCUUUGCGCUUUUCCAAAAGGUCUCCUUCCCUGCACAUGGGGUGCUGGGCUUUGCUUAGACACAGAGACACACACCAUUCGCACACACCAUUCACACACACCCCAUUCAGUCCGGCAGUCUCUCAGAACAGUCUUGGUCCAAGGCAACGGGACGGAAGGGAGAUCAUCUGCGGGAAUUCUCUCGCGCUGCUGGAAA